ACAAAAACAAAAACAAAAACAAAAACGAGCAUACCUCACGGUCGUCAGUCCUGGAGUUCUUCACUGCAGUAGCUUGUACCUUACGCUAUGGAUGUGUUGUCCUUUGCUUCCUUUCUCGAGUUAAAAUUUAUUUUGCUUUGAAUGCCACGGUGAAGCUGUCGUCAUCGCCGUUGUGGAUCAUCCUCGCCGUUUCCGAUAUUUAUAGGCUCUCUAAGGGGAAAUCGGUUUCAAAUUAACGGUGAAAAUGGCGGCAGAGUGUAGUUCUCGGUGGUUCAAGUGAAGUUAGAGCGGCAUUGUAGAGAAGAGACCGGGAGUGAGCUUUGGAAGGAGAGAGAGAUGGAAGAGGAGAUGGAGAUAGAACCAGUGUUCGAGGUGAGUGAGGUUGAUCUGGAUUACGAGUUUGAUGCGGCUCAGUUCUUCGAUUUCACGCGUGAGGAGUCGCCGUCGGAGGCUAGCGACGCCGAGCGUUGGUUCGAAUCGGCACCGAGUUAUCCUCCUUCUCCUUUUGUGACGAAGUUAGUCUUAGGAGAGGGGAGUCUCCUGGAAAAUGUGACUACACCUGUAAAAUGCAAAGAAGUGGAUGAUAUUGGCAGAUUACGAGAAGAUGAUUCAGAAUUGGAAUUUUCAUCUAUGGAUGCCAGUAAGAGAGUUAAUAUUGAAGAGCCGUGGAGCUUGUUUCCGCAAUUAAGAGAUCCUUUGAGGCGCGCUUGUGCUUCUACUGGCAAUUUUAUGAAGCAUGAGGGAUCUAAUGGAGGGAUCUUCACCAGUAUACAGAAAGUUUUACUAAAGGUUCUGAAUCGACCGUUUCAAUUAACUACAGGCUUGACAACCAGCAAUAAUAUACCCGAUGAUAAGCCAAAGGCUGAAUCUAAUGUCACAAAACUGUUUAUGCCAAGGAGCUCCACCCUUAUGAAACCUACUGCAAGUCGGUUAGCCAAACAAAAUUGCCCCCCUCAAGUUGCUUCAACGAGAUUUAAGAAGUUACAGGUGCCAAACAGUGACAGAAGCUUAGUUCACUCUUCUGGCGUUGGUAGUCAAGCUGCCAAGAGGCAGAAGCUAGAGGGAGGUCUCACACAUAAGGUUAAUGAGGUGAAGCAGCAAACUACCUUUGUCCACAAGGUGCCUAAAAAGGAUGUAACUGCAGAUAGAAACACUAUCAAUAUCAAGCCAAAACUUACCAUUCCAAGGGAACCUGCACUUCGAACAGCCCACAGGGCUCAAAGAGUACUGCCUAAGAAUGGUACAAAACAAGAGCAUGUUUCAUCUGCCAUGCAUAAAUUCAAAGCACGCCCAUUGAAUAGAAAAAUUCUCGAGGCUCCUUCAUUGCCUCUUCCAAAGAAGAGUGUUCCAAAAUUACCAGAGUUUCAAGAGUUUCACCUAAAGACAUCAGAAAGGGCUGUGCAACUGCCAUCAUCUGUAUCAUCCUCUUCGUUUCAAACAAAUGAUUAUGAUAAGGGGUUUGUGAAACCUUGUACUAAUUCAACUAAUCGCAAUGGAACUAGAGAAGUCAGAAGGUUGGAUUCCUGUGACACAAAUUACAACAUCAAAGCUCACCUUUUGAAUAAGAAGAUAUUUUCCGGUAAAGGAGAUCUUGGUGUUUCCAAAAACAUAAAAAAGGAAACCACAGCGCCAAUGGAAUAUAAAAUCCGUGGAGAAAGGAGGGUUCCGCAAAAUCCACCCAUAGAACUUUUUAGUAAGCUGUCUCUUACAUCUGAACUACAGCCAAGUAAUGGAUCUCAGAUGAAGGUGCCUUGUCCUACUUUUAUAUCUACAAAGGGCUUAAAAGAAAAUAGAUUGAUUUCUUUCCAGCCAGAACACGAGGGCUUCCAUUCUGCCUUUUAAGCAGAUGAUGAUGCAUUUGGCAAAAGAGAAACUACUUGUGUUUGGCUGAAGAAACAUUCAGUUCGCUAGUGAUGGUUGCAUGACUGAAGUUGUUAAUCAAUCGAGCAUCAGGUAUGUUCGGGUCGUUAACUUUGUAUCGUUUCAUCUUUCGUUCGUGAUCGUGAAAUUUAUACAUGGAGAUAAUGCAGGAGCUUUGGCAUCAGCUUUAAGUAAGAUGGACGUCUAAGAUUCUGCUAUAUAUGAAAUUUGUGCAUAAUUUUUUUCAACCCCCCCACUCCCCCACCACCAAAAAAAAAAAAAAGCUAUCUUGCUCCGUAUUCAUAAGUCACAAGCACAUAGUAGAGUAAAAACAUUACACAUUGUUCAGCCAAACAGGCCAUCAUACAUCCUUCGACUUCAAUUUUGCAGUUCUUUCCUUCAGAAACUUUCCCUCGGUGCUCUUUGCAAAUUUGUACAUUGUUUUAUCUUAUAUCCUGUGUUGUAAUGUUCAAGGUUCAAGCUCAGGCUAGGCGAUUGAGCUUGAGCUUGAGCUUGGAUUAGACUUGUCAUUUGGGUGGGUUAAGUUAAUUUCGAUUUCAGAACUCUUGGGUCAUUUUAUAGUAACACAAAUUAAAAUAAAAAUUUAAAUAAUUACAUCA